AUGUCGUCCUUGAGACGAGAACUGGUUUUCUUAAUACUGCAGUUCUUGGAUGAGGAGAAGUUCAAGGAGGCUGUCCACAAAUUGGAGCAAGAAUCUUGGUUUUUCUUCAAUAUGAAGUACUUUGAGGAUCAAGUCCAAGCUGGUGAAUGGGAGGAAGUUGAGCGUUAUUUAAGUGGAUUCACGAAAGUUGAGGACAACCGUUAUUCAAUGAAGAUCUUCUUUGAGAUUAGAAAGCAGAAAUAUCUCGAAGCUCUUGACAAACAAGACCGCGCGAAAGCUGUCGAGAUUCUUGUUAAAGACCUCAGGAAUGAGCAGCUCUCCAAGUAUGGGGACACAAAGUCAGCAUGCAACAUUAUGCUGGUUGAGCUGAAAAAGCUUAUCGAAGCAAAUCCGUUGUUUCGCGAUAAGCUAACAUUUUCGGUUUUCAAGGCUUCAAGACUAAGAACACUCAUUAACCAAAGGCUUUUCUCCUGUGGAACAAGCAAAGAGGGCGAAUCUCAUCUGGUCGAGUGGAAUGAAAGUGAAGGAGCCAUCAAGAGGGCAUACUCUGGUUUUCGAAAGCGUUCUUUGGGUGUUGUACAAUUCGACACGACUAGGGACCGUUUUUUAGCGGCUGGUGACGAAUUUCAGAUCAAAUUCUGGGACAUGGACAAUACAAACAUCCUUACUUGCAUAGAUUGCGAUGGUGGACUGCAUGCUAGUCCCAGAUUAAGAUUCAACAAGGAAGGUUCAUUGCUGGCUGUAACAACUAGUGACAAUGGAAUUAAGAUUCUGGCAAAUAUCGAUGGGCAGCGUAUGCUUAGGAUGAUAGAGGCCAGGGCUUUUGAUGGUCCCCGUGGUAUUUCUGAAGCUGUUAACGUGAAAAUACAGCCUUCUACCUCAGCAUCUCCUAUCCUUGAGCGUAAUGAUAGAGUGCAGCUGCCAAUGUCACUUCUGUCUGGCAUGGAAAGUGGGAGGCUAGCUGAUGUAAAACCGAGAGUUCACGAGGCAAUGGAGAAACUGAAAACCUGGAAAUCGUCCGACAUAUCUGACCCAUCUCAACUCAAGAAUUUGAAACUGCCUGACCCUCUUACACCUAGCAAAGUUGUGAGGUUGAUGUACACAAAUUCGGGGCUAGCAGUGCUGGCUCUGGCUUCUAAUGCUAUUCACAAGCUCUGGAAGUGGCAGCGCAAUGAACGCAAUCCAUCUGAAAGUGAACUCAAAUUUCCAUGGAAAAAGGUUAAAACCAAGCUCAAGGGUCACCAGAAACUAAUCUCAGGGCUCGCGUUUUCUCAGAGCUUAAAUAUAUUGGUCUCCUCUGGAGCUGAUGCACAGCUCUGUGUUUGGAGUAUUGAUGGAUGGGAGAAGAAGAAAUCAAGGAUCAUUCAGGCCCCACCCGGUCAACUCGCUCCCCUGGUUGGGGAAACUAGAGUCCAAUUCCAUAACAAUCAAUCACAUCUACUCGUUGUUCAUGAAAGCCAAGUUGCUAUAUACGAUUCCCAGCUUGAAUGCUUGCGCGCGUGGUACCCGAGGGACUCACUUUCCUCGCCAGUUUCAAGUGCUAUAUACUCGUGUGACGGGCAGAUGAUUUUUACUGGAUUUUGUGAUGGUGCUGUUGGAAUAUUUGAUUCGGACAGUUUGAACCUCCGGUGUCGAAUAGCGCCAUCUGCUUAUAUUCCGACAUCCAUUUCCAGUGGAAAUCCGUUCCCGGUGGUAAUUGCAGCUCACCCAUCAGACAUCAAUCAAUUCGCGCUUGGCAUGAGUGAUGGUGGGGUCCACGUGAUCGAGCCUUCGGAUACAGAGGCCAAAUGGGGUGGUGCUGGUGGGUCCACGUCACAGGAAAACGGGGCUUUGACUUCAGUUCCCUCGAGUUCUGCUUUAAAUGCUCACCCGCCAUCCGAAACUCCUUCCAGGUGA